UUUGUAUUUACAGUGCGUGCAAGCUUACCGAUAGGAGCCGAGCCGAUAGGCUUGCACAACCACGAAUGUCACUACUGGGGAAACCAUUAAAUUAUAAUCGCGGCUCACGACGUGAUGCCCGGUAUAGAAGGUUACAAAGUCGGGUCUAUAAUUUUUUAGAAAGACCUAGAGGUGUACCUGCUAUCCUUUAUCACGUUAUGGUUUUUUUUAUGGUGUUCACGUGCCUGGCCUUAAGCGUAUUUUCCACAAUUAAAGAAUACGAAGAGCAAGCGUUAUAUAUAUUAUAUAGAAUGGAAAUUUUAGUGGUUAUUUGGUUUAUAAUAGAAUUUUUUUUAAGACUAUGGUCAUCGGGAUGUCGAUCUCGUUACCAAGGCGCUGUGGGCCGACUGAAAUUUUUAAAGCGGCCAUUUUGUAUUAUAGAUGUAGUUACAAUAGCAGCAUCAUUAGUAGUAUUAGGUAUGGGCACAUCUGGUCAAGUAUUUGCUACGAGUGCUUUACGUGGCCUUAGAUUUUUUCAAAUUUUGAGAAUGGUACGAAUGGAUCGACGUGGUGGAACAUGGAAAUUAUUAGGAAGUGUUGUAUAUGCUCAUAGACAAGAACUGAUAACAACUAUGUACAUAGGUUUCCUUGGCCUUAUAUUUGCAUCUUUUCUCGUUUAUUUAAUGGAAAAAGAUGUCAAUGAUAAAUUUAGUAAUUUUGCUCAAGCCCUCUGGUGGGGUGUGAUAACACUAUGUACAGUAGGUUAUGGUGAUAUGGUUCCAGAAACGUGGCAGGGUAAAUUAAUAGCAUCUUUUUGUGCACUUUUAGGAAUUUCAUUUUUUGCCUUGCCAGCGGGCAUCUUAGGUAGUGGUUUCGCUUUAAAAGUUCAACAACAACAAAGACAAAAGCAUAUGAUUAGAAGAAGGCAACCGGCAGCAACAUUAAUACAAUCAUUAUGGCGUUGUUAUGCUGCUGAUGAACAUUCAGUAUCCGUGGCAACAUGGAAAAUUCAUCAAGUACCAUUACCAAGUCCUCCUCCGUCCUCAGAAUACUGGGAUAGAUUAUUAAAAAAUUUGACCGAAUAUAGUUCGAAAUUGGAACCACCAGAGAAGUUAGCAUCUGCUUCCAGUGCAAUAGAACUCAAGAUCAAAUCAGGUGCCAUGGUUCAAUAUCUAUAUAGAAGAGGCCGACAAAUAAAACUUUCUUCGCCCAGGCGGGCAUCUUCUAGUUUCAAACAUAAUGCAUCAUUUGUGGCACGGUUACCAACCAUCCGAAGGCAUAAAAGUCAAUCAUUACAUUCACCGGGCAAUCAAAAAACACCAGGAAGUGAUCGAUUAGGUAGUGGAACUGGUGGUGGAAGCGGUGGCGGAGGUAGUGGUGGUGGUGGUGGUGGUACUGGAUCAACUCGUACAACAAGAUGUGCACGUUUAAAUGAUAUGAAUACAUCAGCAGAGAAUUUGGAAGUAACAAAUAAUGGAAGGCGUUUGAAAGCAAGUCUAAGUGAAGAUUCUGUUGCAGAAACGGCCAUCUCUAAAAAGAACUCGGAUGAUACAUUCAAUGAAGAAGAUGAAUUUUCAUCGGCCGCACCAAGCCCAUUUAGUGAUCGUAAAAAUAGUUGUGUGAGUGAAGAUGAUGAACAAAAUAUACAAACAAUUCAAUCACCAUUAAUACAAAGAAAACGUAAAUCUAUUGAAAAUGUUGGAAUUAAUGGACCAUUAACUGUUAGUGGUGCAUCAGUUUUGCCGUUAACUGUUAGUGGUGCAUCAGCAUUACCAGUUAUGUUAUGUGGUUUAUUACCAAAAGAUUAUGUAACAACAAAUGAAUCAUCAUCAGGAUAUCGAAGUCAAUUUAAAAAAUCACAAUAUUUUAUAACGCCAUCUGCCAGUACUGAUCAUAUUAAAAAUGUUGGUCAUGAAGAUGAUGAGCCUCGUUGUGUUCAAUUAACAAAUCAACACAAAACUGCAAUUAGAUUUAUUAGGAAGAUGAAGUAUUUUGUAGCACGACGUAAAUUUAAGGAGGCUUUAAAACCAUACGACGUUAAAGAUGUUAUGGAACAAUAUGCAGCCGGGCAUGUUGAUCUACUCGGCCGAGUUAAAAAUGUUCAAACUAGGUUAGAUCAAAUACUUGGUAAACAAGGAUCAAAAGCAAAAGACGUUUAUGCAUCAAAAAUUAGUUUAGCGUCCCGGGUAGUUAAAGUGGAAAGACAAGUAGCGGAUAUUGAAGAAAAAUUAGACAUAUUGAUUAAGGCGUAUAUGCAAGACCGUGAAAGGUUUUUAUCUCUUCCAUUAGUUUCUCAACAAAUUCAACAUUCCAAUUCAAGCAAUAAUAAUAAUAAUAACAAUAAUAAUAAUAAUAGUAAUAAUAAUAAUCAAAAUCCACCAGGUAUUGGUGGUAUAAAUACUGGUACAUUAGCUAUUAGUGCUACUACUGGUGCAAUUACAGCUAUAGGUGCUACAUCGACAAGUACAAGUGGUGCAUUAAAACCUAAACCUAUUUUAAUAGAUAAUAAACAAUUUUCGGAGCCGAAUUCUCCAAUAUCGAAAACUUUCGAUGAAAACGUCCAAUCACGUCCUCCUAUGAAUCGGGGCUAUUCAGAUUUAGGAAAUCGUAUUAAAAAACGUGUUACUUUAAGUUCAAUACCACCACAGUAUGUUGAAACAAAUUCCGAUCAACCGGAUGAUGUUGUAAUUGUAGUGCCAGAUUUAGAAGUAGAUCAAUUAGAAUCAGUUAUAGUUGGUGAUAUUCCUGAUAAUGACGAUGUUCUUGAACAAGAUAUUGAACCAGGAAGUCCAAAAACUACAACUGAAAGUUCUACAUCAUGUGAUGGGUAUUCAUCGACAACAUCCUUAUAGCAACGACAGGAUAUUCAAUGCAAUCAACAUAAUAAUUAUGUUACAAUUUGGGAUGGGACCAAUUAUCAAGCUUAUCAUUAUGAAGAUGAUCAAACAACGCUUAUUUAAUAUAAAUUUUAUAUAUAAAGACUAAAAAAAAAAAAAAAAACAAAAAAGAGAAUAUAAAAACAAAAAACAAAAAAAAAAAAAACAAAUAAAAAUUAGUAUAAAUGUAAUAUAAAAUUAAUAAUAUAAACAAGGAAAAAAAAUACCGUAAUAUUUGAUAAUAAUUUUUUAUUAUUAUUUAUUUAUUUAUUUACUCUUUUUUUUGUUUUUUUUUUCUUCUUUUCUUUUAAUGAAUUGAUUUUAAUUAAAUAAUAACGCACGUACGUUGAAAAGGUAUAGCAAAUGAUUGGUUCCAGGAGGAAAUUGUAUACAUUUUUCUUUUUUUUUGUAUUUUCUUCAUUUGUUUUUGUUGUUGUAUUACACGGUAAAUAAAAAUGAAAAAAUGAUUAUAAACGAAUUAAAGGAUUGCAUUGAAUAAAAGCCAUUAAA